AGUGUUCGUGAGGUUCAACUCCAGCCAUGGCUUCCCGGUGGAGGUCGAGUCUGACACCAGCAUCUCCCAGCUCAAGGAGAUGGUUGCUAAGCGACAGGGGGUUCCGGCUGACCAGUUGCGUGUAAUUUUCGCGGGGAAGGAGCUUCGGAAUGACUGGACACUGCAGCAGGUAGACCAAGUUACAACAGCUUUUAUGUGUAUUGCAAAGGCCCCUGUCAAGCAGUGCAGCCAGGCAAACUCCGGGUCCAGUGCGGCGGCUGCAAGCAAGCAACACUCACGUUGGCCCAGGGUCCAUCUUGCUGGGAUGACGUCUUAAUUCCAAACCGGAUGAGCGGUGAAUGCCAGUCUGCAAGUUGUCGUGGGACUGGAGCAGAAUUUUUCUUUAAAUGUGGAGCGCACCCAACCAGUGACAACGAAACAUCAGUAGCGUUGAACCUGAUCACAACCAAUAGUCGUGACAUCAGUUGCAUAACAUGUACCGACAUCAGGAGCCCUGUCCUGGUUUUCCAGUGUGACUACCGCCAUGUAAUUUGCCUAGACUGUUUCCACUUGUACUGUGUGACAAGGCUCAAUGACCGGCAGUUUGUCCAUGACCCUGAGCUUGGAUACUCCCUACCUUGUGUGGCUGGCUGUCCCAACUCCUUGAUUAAAGAGCUGCAUCACUUCAGGAUUCUUGGAGAAGAGCAGUACAACCGCUACCAGCAGUACGGGGCUGAAGAGUGCGUGCUGCAGAUGGGCGGAGUGCUGUGCCCCAGCCCGGGCUGCGGAGCGGGGCUGCUGCCCGAGGCCGGCGUGAGGAGAAUCACCUGCGAGGGAGGCAACGGCCUGGGCUGUGGGCUUGUCUUUUGCCGGGACUGUAAGGAGGCCUACCACGAAGGUGAUUGCAGUUCAGUGCUUGAAGCCUCAGGAACAAUUGCUCAGGGCUACAGAGUUGAUGAAAAGGCCGCAGAGCAAGCUCGGUGGGAAGAGGCCUCCAAAGAAACAAUCAAGAAAACCACCAAACCUUGUCCUCGUUGCCAUGUUCCAGUUGAAAAAAAUGGCGGAUGCAUGCACAUGAAGUGCCCGCAGCCCCAGUGCAGGUUUGAAUGGUGCUGGAACUGCAGCUUGGAGUGGAACCGCACGUGCAUGGGUGACCACUGGUUCGACGCAUAG